AAUUGACUGGAUGUUGAAAAACAGGAAAUGAAACAGACGGUUGAAGGGGAGGAGUAAAGGAAUGCUCCGCCCAAGCCGUCUUAUGUACGUCAUUUGAGAUGGAUAGAACAUUUCAGGGUGUAUGUGCAAUUUUCAGAUCUUACAAAGAAAAUGACCCACAUUGAUAACGCUGCAAUAUUUCAUGAAAGAACAAUAUUUGACAUUUUUUUCUUUCACUGGGACUUUAAUAUGAGUAAUAGUCCCACAUUAAAAAUACCGCAGUAUACUUGAACUGUAUAGUAAACUGUAGUGUAAUAAACUAAUUAAUACACUUUAAUAUAUACCCGAAUUUUGUAGUAUCUAUUAUUUUAGUAAAAUAAUAAAGUAUACUGCAGUGAUUUUCUUUAGGUUCAUGUUUGAAAAACGGUCGAUAGGAGGCAGUGUGAACACGUGUUGUAGAAUCAAAUGUUUCAGUCUUGCUCGCUGAAGAUAUUUUAGUUUAAAUUCUUACCCAGUUCGAAUAUUGUUUGUUAUUUUAAAGAGUUUACUGCUCUCGUGUUUAGUUCAUGUUUUCAUUGACGUGAAAUGUCAGACUUGGUCGUCAGUCUCAUGAAUAAUAACAAGAUCUCGCUGCCCGUACAGCCACGCCUCCUCAUUAAUAUUCACGAGUCCUUGACCAUAGUAGAAUCGGGACGUAGAGCGGAGGCGGAACUUCCGGGUGAUGGAAAGUUGUCAACAGUUUCGCUGAAGAGAAAUAAUCUUUACAUCUGAGUUGAUAGUUGUCACUUUACUGUAAAUCCGUUGAGAAACACCUCAAGGGAUCCGAUCCGGUGCGUCUUCAGAGAUGAGCUGAACUGAUGUUUCGGGAACUGAGAGUUUUCUGAAGACAUUAUCUGAUUUGCACAUUAUUGGGGUGGAGAGAGUUGCGCGUGCUGGACUUGAAGCAAACUGAUUCCGAUCUAUCAUCUGGAGAAUAAACAGACCGUUCACUGCCAAUCACAUCACUCCCGGAUUUCUUAAACUUACUUUUCAGGAGUAUUCUCGCCUCCUCCGGUGGUUCUGGGUGUGGACGUGACCUGCACUGUGUCUGUGUGUGUUAAAGUUCACUAAUCUCUGACUAAGUCAUCUUGACUUUCGUUGGAUUCGGACUCUGGACCCGCUUAACAUUUCAAUCCGGAUCCAUAAAUCUGUUGUUUCACUGUUCGUUGGAGACAUAACAGCCCUGAUGAGUGUGAUGCGGGUGUUAAUGUUAGGUUUAGAUUCAAAGUGUUGCGCAACGCGUGUCUUUCUGCGCGCACCCAUGCGGGUAUUUGCUUGAGGUGAUAGAGAGGCGCGCGUCCGCUGCGCGACCGUGACGUCAUCGCAGCGGCGUGAGAAUCGUGAUGCUGGACACGACGACACGAUUUUCGGAUUUCUCUGUCUCUGCUGAAAUCCUAAUGAAUUGGGGCGUCCGGGCGUAACGUCACACAGACAGAAGCACUUGAACAGACGCAGCCGCGCUCCGUCCACGAUGAGCGGAGGAAAGAAAAGGAGCGGUUUUCAAAUAACCAGCGUGACGUCAGACUAUAAUCAGGGUUCUUCCGAGAACCUUUCACCUAAAGGACCUGCAGAAAUCCUGAGCCCUCAAAAAGCCACUCCCACUUCCACCGCCCACAGAAGCCAGACCUCAUCACCCACUCAAAUCGUGGCCAAUGGCCCCUCCCUGCGCCAAAUCCCUGCUCUCCAGACGCAACAAAGCUUCAGUCAGCCGACCACGCCCCUCAAUGCCCGGAAACAGAACUCGUUGGAUGCGGGCGGGGCCUCGAGGUUCCGCGUGGUGCGAUUGGACCAGGGCCCGGGCGAGCCGUACAAACGUGGACGUUGGACGUGCGUGGAUGUAAUGGAGAGGGAGGUGGAGGAACGAGGGCUACGGCGUGUGAUCGACAGCAUGAGGCACGCCCAUUCCCUGGAGUCCUUGGAAACGGUGGGGCUGGGCGGUGCCGAGGGAGCGGUGGGCGGAGCCGUGCUGAAGCCACUGGGGUUGCGGGGGUUGCAAGCGGGUCACAUUGUACACUCACAGGGCACCACCCACCUACUGGUCCAGUGCAGGACAGAAACCGCCCAUAGCGGCCCGCCCUCACCAACACGACUCUACGCAACCCAUGACACCCUGCCGGUCACCCCGCCGCAUGUGCAGAACACGCCUCGCGCACGGAACAUCCCCGCACCGCUGCGCCUGGAUGUGGACGCCUCUGGCAAGCUCCGGACAACUCGCUCUCAGCCGGCAUCACCCGGCCCCUACCUGUGUCGUGACAGCCCGUUCCACUCGGGCCUGACGCCCAUCCAUACGCCAUCCACCCUCGCCCUUGCACAGUCCAUGUUCGGCAUGGAUCGAGCGUUUGAGCUUGUGGGAGAUGACAGCGGAACAAACACCAGCAUGAUCGCCAUCGAUAACAAGAUAGAACAAGCCAUGGACCUGGUGAAGUCUCACCUGAUGUUGGCGGUACGAGAGGAGGUGGAGAUUCUGAGGGAGCAGAUUAAAGAGCUGUCAGAGAGAAACGCUGAGCUCGAGAGAGAAAACUACAUCCUGAGAGCCCUCAAGGACAGAGACUGAACUCAACCCCAGUGCAUUCUGGGAUAUGUAGUUUGAUCAGAGGAAAAAGGGAGAAUGCUUGUGUGUGCAGUGUUGAAAAUCAUGGUUUUAUUAUAGUAAAAGUGUAUUAACCGUGUGUUAUCAUUUGCGUAAGCACAGCUUUACUACAUGAACCAGAGUUAAACUAAAGCUACUGUAGUAAAGCCAUGGUUCAUUUUUAUUAGGAAAUAAAUAAAAGUGCCUUAACUCCAGUAAUGACUGUUAGAAGAGUAGAAGAUAACUAAACCAUGUUUCAAGAUGUCCUAGACACUGCCUAUUUAUUGCUUACUCUAUCUGUGUGUGUGUGUGAGUGAGUGUGCGUGCUUGUGGUAGUUUCAUGUUGCUAUGGUUACUCUUAGAUCACCACUUCUCAUUUGAAAGACUGUUACACACUAUGAUUACACAAUACUUUAGUGUCUGUUUGGUCAUCUGUAACACAAAUAUGACUGCUCUAAUAAAUAACUUCUUCUACAA